AUGCCGAAACUUUUAAGUAAAGAUGGCUCUGUGCGGCAAAAAAGGACUAAUCUUGAAACUAAGGAUCAGGCCGCAGCGGAAUCAGGUACAGCAAAGGGCAGUAAUACUGUGUCUGAAGUACCUCCUGUAGCUGAAGAUGAGGAGGAUCUUUGCGAACAGCUCAGGAACAACAUAGAUGGAGAGUCUGGGAAGUAUGCAACGUCAUUUCGUAUUUUUAAAAGACACGAAUUAUCUAAAUGCUCGUUUUCCCAGGAUCUGUUGAAUAUGGAAAUACCACCAAUGCCUGAACCCGUUAUGAGUUCCGAUGGAAGUGGACAACGUUUAAUGAUAGAAAGCAUUGAAGUCGAAAAUUUCAAGUCUUAUUAUGGAAGGCAAGUUAUUGGGCCGUUUCAUCAGAACUUUACUUCCAUAAUUGGCCCUAACGGUAGCGGGAAAAGUAAUGUAAUUGAUUCACUAUUAUUUGUCUUUGGCUAUCGGGCUGCCAAAUUAAGGUCAGCAAAACUGAGUGUUUUAAUUCACUCUUCUGCUAGUCAUGAAAAUCUACAAAGUUGUUCGGUUGCUGUCAACUUUCAGAAAAUUAUAGACUUGCAAGAUGGAGGCUUCAAAGUCGUGCCAGGGAGUCAGUUCAAAGUUUCUCGUACAGCGUAUAAAGACAACUCUUCCAAGUACUUUUAUAAUGGAAAAGCUAUGCAGUUUAAAGACGUAGCCAAAUUGUUACGCCAGGUCGGAAUCGACUUGAUCCAUAAUCGUUUUCUCAUUCUGCAGGGUGAAGUUGAGCAAAUCGCAAUGAUGAAACCAAAAUCUCAGACGGAGAACGACUAUGGGAUGCUCGAAUAUCUUGAAGAUAUUAUUGGCUCUAGUAGAUUAAAGGUCCCCUUGGAGAAACUUUCUGUUAAGAUCGAGGAACUCCAGGAGGCACGGACUUCUCAGCUCGUUAAGGUCAAGUAUGCAGAGAAAGAGAAGGAUAGUGCGGAGCAGCCUGUAAUUGAGUUAAUGGCAGAGAUACGCACUGACAACGCUAUUGUUCUGGCAAAAAACCAGCUUUAUUCUGUUGAUGAGUGGAACGCUACACGAAAUCUCCAAAAACAGGAGCAGGAGAAAGAAACCCUUGUGGGAGAAUUUGAAGAAGUUAAAGCAAGGCAGAAAGAAGUUGCUGCUGCACAAAAAGAAAAGAAACAGGAUAAUCUGAAAUUGCAGAGGGCCUACGAAGCUGCGCAAAAAAAUUUUGAGCAUUUGAAGAGUAAAAUAAGUGAAAUGGAACAGGCAGCCAAGAAACGGAAGAUUGAGAAGAUUCGUCUUCAAGAAAAAGUCAAAAAAUUGAGCGAUGAAAUGAAGAAGGAGGAGAAGAAGAUCAGUGAUCUGGAGAAAGUUCCUGAAAAUGCUCUAAAAAAGAUUGAAGAGUUUAGAGAGACAUUGUCAGGAAUUGAAGAAGUUAUUGCUGGAAAGCAAGCAGAGGUUGACAAGUAUAUGGCCGUAUUUGAAGAAGAAACUGUUGAUUUUCAAAAUAAGAAAAAAGCUUCAGAAGAAAAGCUUGGCAAGUUAAUCGUGAGGGAGGAUGAGGCUUGCAGCAAGUUGACUCUUGCUCAAGAGGCUUUGCAGUUGUUGCGUAUGGAGGAGGAAAAAGAGCGUACGAAAGUCGCAAAUUUGCAAACGUCUUUAAAUGAUGCUGUUGAACUUCUUCAAACAAAGAAGAAAGAUUUUGAAAAUGUUUCCAAAGCAAUUCCGAAUUUGGAAGAACAGCUGAAGUCUAGAAAAGCCGAACUGGCUGAAGUUCGACGGAAGGAACCAGCGUGCGUUGAGGCGGUGAGAAAUUUGCGCAAUAAGUAUGAACGAAAAAAACAAACGGUUGAAGCGUUCAAGUCACAAAACAACCUAUUAAAUCGUCUGAUGCGUGAGAAAAAAAGCGGAAAGAUUCCGGGCAUUUUUGGUCGUUUGGGUGAUUUGGGGGCAAUUGAUCAGAAAUAUGACGUUGCAAUAUCAACCACCUGUGGCGCUCUGGACUACAUUGUUGUAGAUACUAUUGAUACGGCUCAGCAAUGCGUGGAUUUUUUGAAAAAGGAAAAUCUUGGAAUAGCAACCUUUAUUGCUCUUGAUAAGCAAGCACAUUUGCGGCGAUAUAUGGAGAAACCUGCUUCAACGCCAGAGCAAGUACCACGCUUGUUUGAUCUAAUUCGUGUAGCUGAUCCGAACGUACUUCCGGCCUUUUACUAUGCUUUACGUGAGACGUUGGUUGCAAAUGAUAUAACCACUGCAACUCGCAUUGGUUUGGAGGGUGCCAAGCGUCAUCGUGUUGUAACGCUGAAGGGUGAGGUUGUCGAAGCUAGCGGAUUAAUGGCUGGUGGUGGGAGAGCUGAAAAGAGAGGACGAAUAGGUCAAAAUAUAAAAGUUGACACUUCAAAAGUUAGUUCUAAUGAAAUGGAUGAACUUGAAAAGCAGCUCACUGAUAAGCAAGAGGAAUUAACCGAUUUACGAAGGACUUUGCAGCAGGUUGAAUCCCGUUUAAACUCAUUACAAGCAGAUUACGACCGCUUGAAACGAACUAGUGGAAGUCUUGAAAAUGAAAUUGGCCCCCUUGAGCAGAAAGUAGAAGCUUUGAAAAGGAAUUUGGAAGAGCAGAAAGAAAAAGCUAAAAAUGCUGCUGUUGAUGAUGCAGCUGUUCAAGAAGCAAAAGCGACCGUAGCGAGGCUUUCUGAAGAACGGGAUACUGCAACUGAAGCGGCCGAUGAAGUACGUCAGAGCGUAGCUGAAUUUACUGACAGGAUUCAAGAAGUUUACGAUCGUGUCGUUGGACAGGCUUCUAAAGAUCUGAACGAAUUGAAGACGAGGAAAGAGACUGCGUCGAAAGGUAUAUCUAAAGAACAGGCUGCUUUAAAUAAUGCUCAGAGGAACAUGAAUAAGUCGAAAGCGAGGAAAAUUGAUCUUGAAUCUGAUUACAAUGAAGCAGAAAAUGCUCUAGUGCAACUAGAAAAUGAUGAAUCGAAUUUUUCUGAAGAAGUUUCGUCAGUGGAAGAAGAUAAAAAAGCUGCAGAGGAGAAAAUGUUAGAGGCUGAGACAGUGUUGGAAGAAGCGCGAGCUCGAAAUGUUGAGUUAGACGGCGAAGACGUAGAAUUGAAGAAGAAAUUUGAUGAUUAUACUCGCAAUUUGAAGGAACAGGAUCAUGCUUUGGAACUUGCGAAAAGCAAACUGAGUUCUAUCAAAAAUAAGAUAGGAGACUUAGAUAUACCUGUUCAAAAGGAAGCUAUUGUACAAAGCAGUGAAUUACCUCGUUACACUCAGGAGGAAGUUGAGCAUUUUGAUACUGAGGAAAUUGGGUUCAAUAUCAGAAACCUGGAAAAACGAAAAGUUGCUAAAGGCAUAAAUAUGAACGACUUGAGCGAAUACUUAACAAAGCUUGACCGUUAUGAUCAUGAAAUGGAUAUCCUAAACACUAUUUCCUUAAACCGUGACAGGCACAGGCAACUGUAUCAAAAACUGAGAAAACAGAGGAUGACAGAGUUUAUGGAAGGGUUUACCCAAAUUGGAGUUUUACUCAAGGAGAUGUAUCAGAUGAUCACUUUAGGCGGAAAUGCCAGUUUAGAUCUUGUCGACUCACUGGAUCCCUUUAGUGAGGGCGUUUCAUUUGGGUAUGUUGCAUCUACCUCGGAAAGUGUUCGGCCGCCUAAAAAGUCCUGGAAACAAAUCAGCAAUCUUUCUGGAGGUGAAAAAACAUUGGCUUCUUUGGCACUCGUCUUUGCUUUGCAUCAUUAUCGACCUACGCCUCUGUACAUAAUGGAUGAAAUUGACGCUGCAUUAGAUUUCAGAAAUGUUUCAAUUAUUGGACAUUAUGUCAAGGAGAGGACAAAGAACGCUCAAUUCAUUAUCAUUUCACUGCGAAACAACAUGUUUGAAUUAGCAGAUCGACUUAUUGGAAUCUACAAAACUUUCGACUGCACCAAAAACGUUUCUAUUGAUCCGCAUGCAGUGAAAAAGAAGAUGCUGCUUUGUCGAAGUGUUGUCGAAGAAUCUAGGCAGCAUAGUCAGUUGAUUGAAGAGUCGCAGGCAACCGGAGGGGUCUUCGGUUUUGGAGACCCCUUAAAAACAUGGUCAUAUACGGUUGGCAGAAAUUUUCGUGACUCACUGUCUUUCUUUAGAGUUAUGGUGGUUUGCCUUUUGCGGUUUUGUAGAUCAGUGGCAUUUGUAACUGUGGAGUUGUUUUACUGUUCAAAAACGCAUGUUACAUUAGAAGACAGAAAGUUUGGAUGCCUGAAAUUAAAGGGCACUCUGGAGUAG